CACCCGACCAAGACCGGGACCAAGACACACCAACCCGUCCUUCCUCCUCUCAGCAUUCCUUCACCAUAGUAGCAUUUUCGCCAAAAAUCCCGCUCAUUUCAGCACCGUUCUUCGGUUUAUACGAUCUACAAGCCCUAACCUGCGACUCAUUGUUUGUCCAGUGACGCCGCGUUCCCAGCCUUGCGACAUUUGUUAUUAGCUCGCGACAGCAAGAUCCCAGCCGCUUUGGCCCAUUGACACGGACGCCACCCAGCUUGCUCUCGACGCGCACACUCCCAGUUUGUUGUCGCGCGUCCUCGAUUACACACCUGCUUCGUCAUCCACAAGCACUCAUUCCCACGCGUUUUAUUCACCCCGCGCAAUUCGACCCCACCUGGAUAUCGACAUUCGUCUGACCGCGGCAGCCGCUCUCGCGGUGCACGCGCCGCCUCACUGACCACUCGACUCCUUCUCCUUCUGCAAAACAACAGUCCAAAAUGAAGGCCCCGCACACCCCCUCGGCGUCAGACGCCUCCCAGCCCCCUGUCCCGAUAUCCAUCACCAUAUGCGGCGACGGCGGCUGCGGUAAGUCGUCCAUCACGCUCCGCCUCGUCCGCUCCGCCUGGACCAGCGACUACGACCCGACCAUCGAGGACAGCUACAGCGUGACGCGGCGCAUUGACGGCAUCGUGUACCACCUCAGCCUGACCGACACGGCGGGGCAGGAAGAGUACCGCGGCAUGUGGGCGUCGUCCAACCUGGGCGCCGACGCCUUCCUACUCGUCUACGACAUCACCUCGCGCGACUCGCUCGACGCGCUCGACUACUUCAACGAAUUAAUCGACAUGGAGGCAGAAACGCGCCUCGACAAUGCGGCGCGCGCGCGCAAGGCGGGGCUGACUAACGUCGCGCUGUCCCCCACCAUGCCCGAUCCCGCUUCCUCCUCCCUCAUGAUGAACCACCGCGGCGGCGCCGGAUCCGGCGCCAAGACCAUCCCGCCCGUCAAGAUCGUCGCCGGCAAUAAGUGCGACCUCCAGGAGAGUCGCCGGGUGCCCGCGGCGGUGGGGCUCGAGUGGGCGCGCAAGCGCGGGUGCGGCUUCAUGGAGACGAGCGCCCGGCUCGAGGUCAACAUCGAGGAGACUUUUGCGCUGAUAGUGCGGCGCGUGGUCGAGGCCAGGCGGCUGGCGCAGAUGGGGGUUACCGAUGCCGAGCUGGCCGCGAGUAGCCGCGGAAUGACCAAGCCGCUUACGCCGCUGCCGCCGCCGGGGGAGGACGAGGAUAAUGAGAAGCAGGGGCGCGGGCCUGGGAUCAGGGGUCCGAAUAUCAAGGGGGAUCGCGUCGGGAAGGGGGAUGGCGGGUUCUGGAAGAAAUUGCGAUGCUGGUAGGACCGGGCGCGGCACGGGUGUGGGAAAGUUGCGAAGGCUAUCAAGAUUGGGAAGGUUGCUUGUUGAUGGUUGGCUGGGAGUUGGGAGACAUGCUUUUGGGAUGGAACCAGGGCGAGCGUGAUACCACGGAUGGUUGGGUUUAUUGGUGGACAUGACACCCACGUGUCUUUCUUCAUUGCUGGAUUUGCUCUCGGCUGGGUGAUUCGGUGUAGGGAUACCUCGGGCGUUGUUGGACUUGUUACAAGGGACAGCGGGAUACCAUGAACUAGUAGAUCGUCUGAAGCGAGCUCUUGUGUGUUCUGUUGUCUUAUGUGUUACUGCUACCGAGCACUUGCGACGUGGGAAGCCAUUCUCAUGCGGUCGAUUACUGAAUUCUUCUUAAGCAGAGAUACCUGUUGUACGGCUCUGUUGUCGUUAUUAUGGCAUGUCUAAAUCAUGCAACUGUGUGG